GAGUGUUACUUCAUAAUCCUGUGAAGGAUCCAUGUCUCCCCUGCAGGUAGUUUCAUAGUUAGCUUUCCCUAGCAACGUGUGUGUGGGCGUACGUGGGCGUAGGUGUUCCAGCACCCUUAAUUAAAAAUAAUUACGCAUAACGUAAACAUGAUAAAUGGCUACCGCUGUGUCUGAGAGGAGGUGUGGAGACAAGAAGGAGCUGCUCUCCAAGCUCUCAUCCAUGGAGACACGAGUGGUGUGUCUGGAGAGGGAGGCAAGGGGACGUUGGUAUGAGGGCGGGCUAGAGGAGCAGCUCAGGACACACAGAUGUGCACACAAGGCUGAGUUGAGGGGGCGGAUAGUUGAGGUACGUGGGCGUGUGACCAGACUAGAACGAAUGCUCUCAGAGGGGAUACCAGCUGGGCCGUCAUUUGUGGAGGCACUAAAGAAAGCAAUGGAGGACAUUGAAUCGUCAAUUGCUGCAUUCAAAGAUCAUCAACGAGCACUCUAUGAGGAACUGGUUGCCAUGGAGAUGUCUCUUAGUAUAGAGGUGGCAGCUAUUGAGAGGAGACUAGAGUCUUGGACCACACCCACCAAUAACACUGCCGCUGUAACCAUACCAACCAAUGUGUCCUCUGUACCUUCUGCUGUCCUGGCCUUUGAAAGGUUCCUGAGCCAGACUGGCGGCUAUGAGGGAGGAUGGGACAACAUCGAUCAUACUACAUUUGUUAGAAUAAGAACACAGUUCAAGGGCGCCCCCUCCUACAUUGAUGCCGCUGCUAGUGCUCUACCAACCAAAACAUUGGCAGAGGUGAUGGAACACGAUACGUGGUUUACAGAGUUCACCUUUCUCCUGGAUAACAAGAGGGAGGCCAUCAAAGUGUGGAGGGAACACAAGUCGGCACGAAAGGUCAUAAGGUCACCAGAAGAGCCGCCUGUCAAGACAUCAAAGGUGUUAGCCGAGCUGGUUGCUAAGGAACGGCAGGAGAGGCAAGCCAAGCUAUCAGGGUGGAAGGUCCAACAAGAGGUCAAGAGAAGAGAAGCUGAAGAGGAGAGAGUGAAGAGAGAAGCCCUACACAGUAAAGCAAGGGAGAGGCAACAAAGAAGGAAGGCUGUGUUGUUGAAAAAUCAAGUGGCAGUGUACACACGAGAAAAAGAGCUGAGUCAGCAAGCACAACUGGACAUGAUGGAGGAACAAAAACGACAAGAGGUCAAGCGGAAGAGACUAGCCACCAAACAAGUAGUGGCAUUCAGAGAGCGAGAUAUGAGGGCUCUUGGUGUGCGCCAGGAGAAGGCUCGGAAGAGAGAGGCGGAGGUAGAGGCAAAGGCCAGAGCUCUGGAGAGAACUAAGUGUGUUGUGACAGUCGAGAGGGACCCUGAUCGCGUGUACAGAUCUACUGCUGGCUGGGAGGCAAGAGUAAAAGCUAUUAGGGAGACUGGAGGACCCCCCACCAUGGAUGGACCCCCCACCAUGCCUAGACGGGCCAUACCGUCAUGGAGACAAGGACACUGACAUUGUGUAUCCUACAUGUAGCAUGUUUAUUGAUUCAUUUUGCUUGUAAUGUAUAUUCUGUCAACAUGUUAAUUCUGUGGUGAAGUGUG